AUGGCCAUUGCCAGACUUUCGGCCGCACUGCUUUGGGGUUCCGCUAUUGCUUCAGCAUGGGCGCCAUCUAAGGACUGGAAUGAAUCUCAAGCACACGGCUCUCCAUGGCCGCAAGCUACUUCUCACCCUUGGUCACCUGGCGCUUCGCUACCGCAAAACAAAACCAAUGGUCUCAGCACAUGGGGAACGAUCAAUCAACCCGGGUUUGCACCAUGGACAGAUGGACCGCUACCUCAAGGAUGUCCAUGGGGUCUGCGACAGUCCAAUGAUACUAAUCCCUACAACGAGAAGAAUGUUCCAAACACUGGUAUGACUCGCUACUACGAAUGGGAGAUUUCCAACAGGACUAUGGCCCCUGACGGUGUUGAACUCGGGCUUCUAGUAGUUAAUGGGCAGUUCCCUGGUCCUCUGAUUGAGGCCAACUGGGGCGACUGGAUCGAGGUCAGAAUCACAAACAAUCUCAACGAAGGUACUGCCAUGCACUGGCACGGAUUCCUCCAGAAGGGUACCCCGUGGUACGACGGCACACCCGGCCUCUCUCAAUGCCCAAUUGCACCUGGAAAAACAUUCACCUAUCGAUUCCGCGCUGAACUCUACGGUACCAGUUGGUGGCACUCUCACUGGUCAGCUCAGUAUCUUAACGGCUUGACUGGCCCCAUCAUCGUUCACGGACCAGUAGCGGAUGAAUACGAUGUGGAUCUAGGUCCGGUCAUGUUGACUGACUGGUUCCAUGCAGACUACUACACUCUAGUAGAGCAAGUAUUCUUCGCUUCGGAAGUUGGACCAAUCUUCCCACCAAACUCUAAUAACAUGCUCAUCAAUGGAAAGAACAACUACGACUGCAAGAACACUAAUCUGACUUGCACACCUAAUGCAGGUAUCUCUCAAUUCCGCUUCCAGAGCGGAAAGAAGCAUCUUCUACGUCUGAUCAACCAUGCUGCUGAGGCAGUUAUCUUCUUCUCAAUCGAUGGUUACCAGCUCAAGGUUGUAGCCAAUGACUUUGUACCUAUUGAACCUUACUACACCGACCUAGUCACUCUUGCUGUUGGUCAGCGUACCGACAUUAUCGUUGAAGCCACUGGUAACAGCACCGAUGCUGUAUGGAUGCGCAUGACCGAGGGACCUUCUGGACUUGGCCCUCCUCGAGGGCAGACAGGCUGUAGUCUGAAUGACGGUAAUGGCGUGGAGGCUCUCGCUGCCAUCUACUACGAGAAUGCCGAUACCAGCAAGUCUCCUACCACUUCAGACAAGAUUGAUGUGUCUCGACUAUACUUCCCGAUCAACUGCAACAACCAGCCCUUGAACCUUACAGUCCCCAAGUAUGCCAUCCCGGUUGCAGAGCCCGAUGUCGUUCUCAACUUCACAAUGUCAGCCGCCUACAACUCCUCAGGUGCCUUUAAAUGGUAUAUGAACAACGAGACCUACGUCGCCAACUAUAACGAUCCCACUCUCUUCGAGGCCAAACUCGGUAACCUCGACUUCCCCGAGACAUCCCGAGUCUUUGACCUGGGCACUAACAAGACCGUCCGCAUUAUCAUGCAGAGUGUCGGCUUCCCAGCUUCUCACCCUAUGCAUAUACACGGUUUCAACAUGCAAAUCCUUAGUGAGGGCAUCGGAACUUGGGAUGGUGUCUCCAUCACCAAUCCUGAGAAUCCUCAACGCCGUGAUACUCAGCUCGUCCAGCCCAAUGGCUAUCUUGUCAUCCAGAUCGAGCUAGAUAACUGGGGAGUAUGGCCGUUCCAUUGUCAUAUAGCUUGGCACAUCUCUGAAG